CAUAAUGCAUGUCAUAUAACUAGAUUGUUCUGCCCAAAUUCAAUACUUUAGAUUAUUUAUUUGUAUUUUUCCUUUACUGAAGUAAAGGUGAGGAAAGUUAAAUGUGCUUCUCUUUUAACUGCAGUUUGGGAUUGAUGAGGCAAGGCAGCUGAAGUGUAUUUCCUCAGCUUGAAUGUGUACAUAUCAUCCAGCUCUCUUUUAUGGCCUAGAAUGAAAAAUGAAUGUAACAAUUAGUCAAGACCCUGGCUGAAAAUGUUUAUUAUAUAUUUACAGCCACAGAAGGAUAUUGUCUGUUAUAGAUAAAAUCUUUGCUUUUGUACAUUUUUUGUAAAAAACUGAUUGAUGGAAACUACCGUUUGGUUUAUUUUCUUUAUUUACAAUUUUAACAAAUGUAGGAGUUAAAUUUAGAAUGCAAUUUGAUGGAAGUAGGAAAGUUGAAUCACCUGAAUUAUGUGCCUUUUUGAAUUGCGUCCACAUUUGACUAUACAUGAAAUGGCACCUUUCAAAACAAAGUGCUUUACAGUAAAAGCAAAGUAUAACAGUAAUUAAAAUCCAUAUUAAACUAGUGGUAAACGGUGAUAAAAUAAGUGUAGAUCUUGAAGGUUAAUGGGGCCAUCUGUUGUUACAAAUUUUAUUUAUUGCUUAUUAUGUAUUGCUCAUUUAAUGCCCUACCUUACCAUCUCUCUCUUGUCUGGCUGACUGCACCGAGGGGAAGCAGAGUUGGCCAUCUUGACUCGCCCUGUCCAUAGACGAUCUUUGGUAGACUGUACCCCACCAGCGUCAUCUGAUCCCCUAGCAACCAGCAGUUGUCAGUGUCACCACGAGAGAGCGAAGUACUGUACAGCUUCAACUGUUUCCAUGGCAACACUGACGCAGAUGCUCGCACAACCCAAACCCAACCGACUCAGAUAUCCAGACCGUCGUUCUGUUUACUGGCUGGAUCAGCUGCCACCAGAGAAGACUGGAUCCACCACCAAAACUGAGUUAACCCCUCGCUGGUCAGAGCUAUGUAGAAGUAAAAAGUUCUACGCUCAAGUCACAAUUUCUCCAGUGUGGGAGGUGAGUGAAUGGGCUCUCAAGGCGGUCCCCUCCAAUCGGCUGUGUAGUCUGGCUCAACCGCGGGCCCCUGCAGUUGGCUGGCAGCCAGGCCGCCUACUGCUUUCUCCUUUGAACAGAGUGACGCAGACGGCAGUCGCCACUUCACGAAUUUGCCAGCUUGCCCAACCAAAAAGAAGACUGGUACUAGAGGGUUCUGGCCCCAAAUCUAAACCUGUACCCAUGACCCACAUACCCUGCAAAGCCUCUGCACACAUAGAGCUACUUGCUACCCCUAAGUUUGACCACCCCAAGUUUGAAGGAGAGCGCUCGGUGUGCCGGCCCAUCUCCAGAGCAGCGAGGAACUACGUAGCCAGCCCGAGACUUCAUGAGCUGUCCAGUCCCAAAGAGAGGAAGGCUCUGUUUGAGGGAUACGACCCUUACAUAGUUAGCCGGGCAGCCCGGUCUGCUAGCCCGUCGCCUCGGAUACAACAGCUCUGUCUGCCUCUGCCUCGCAAAUGUAGCUCAAACUAGGAGGGAUGAGGUCAA